CCCGGCCGGAGGGCGAGGAACGCUGGCGGGGAUCCAGGGUGCGACUCGGGGGCCUGGCUGGCGGAGGCGGUACCGCGUCGGGCCUGGCGGGGGAACCAUGGGCGCCUCGGCCUCCAGGGGCCGGGCCGCCCCGGUCCCCGCGCCGGAGCCGGAACCCGAGGAGGUGCUGGACCUGAACCAACUGCCACCCGAGCUGCUCCUGGUGGUGCUGAGCCACGUACCCCCGCGCGCGCUGCUCGGGCGCUGCCGCCGCGUGUGCCGGGGCUGGCGCGCCCUGGUGGACGGCCAGGCCCUGUGGCUGCGGAUCCUGGCCCGGGACGACGGCGCCGCCGGCCGCGCCCUGCUGUCGCUCGCCCGCAGCUGCCUGCCAGCCGCCUGCGACGCCCGGCCCUGCCCGCUGGGCCGCUUCUGCGCACGCAGACCCAUCGGACGCAACCUCAUCCGCAACCCCUGCGGCCAGGAAGGCCUUCAGAAGUGGAUGGUGCAGCACGGUGGGGACGGCUGGGUGGUGGAGGAAAACAGGACAACCGUGCCUGGGGCCCCUUCGCAGACCUGUUUUGUGACUUCCUUCAGGUGGUGUCGCAAGAAGCAGGUCUUGGACCUGGAGGAGGAGGGUCUGUGGCCAGAACUGCUGGAUAGUGGCAGGAUUGAGAUUUGUGUCUCUGACUGGUGGGGAGCCCGACAUGACAGUGGCUGUAUGUAUCGGCUCCUUGUCCAACUUCUAGAUGCCAACCAGACCGUCCUGGAUAAAUUCUCUGCUGUACCUGAUACCAUCCAGCAAUGGAAUAACAAUACCUGCUUUCAGGUCACCCAUGUGUUCUCCAACAUCAAAAUGGGCGUCCGUUUUGUGUCUUUUGAACACUGGGGCCAGGACACACAGUUCUGGGCUGGCCACUAUGGAGCCCGUGUGACCAACUCCAGUGUGAUCAUGCGAGUCUGUCCGUCCUAGUCAAGGGCUGCCCUUCUUGCAAGACAGUCUGACUGUGCCUUCCAGGAGCUGGGAUCAUUGGCUGGGACCUCUCAACCAAGCACUUCUACCUCCUUGGCAGACUGGUAACUCCUGGGUCUGGUCAAGGGUCCUGCCAGGCCCUGUUUUCAGGUUCUGGAAAAUACUGGAAGAAGUUUCUUCCAUCAGAUCUACCUACUGCUGCUACUUUAGCGGGGCCCUGCCUUACUGAGGGGAGACCCACAGGUGAGCAUGGGGGAGUGCUGGUCUUCGAGAGAGCUUCUCGCCCUCCCCUGUCCUCCCUCCCCACCAACAGUCCUCUGAUGGAGCCCCAGACCCUUCUACCCAUCCCCUCCAUUGGCAUUUUGUCUCCUCCUGCUUCUGCUUCAGGGACUUUCUUGGUCCCUUCAGGGAAACCCUCUGCUCAUCUCUGACCUUAGAAUCUCAUCCUUGGACUAGCAAAAUUCCAGCUGCCUUGGGUGGUGAAUUUAACCUCCUGGGGCUAUCGAGCUUCAGGGCUGGGCCCAGGUCUCACAGCUGAAAGUCAGCUAGGUCAAAAAAAGGGUGUGGAGACAGAUGGUUCUGCCCACACUAACUUCCCUGAAAAAUGAGAGCCCAACUCUGAGACCCAACCCUGAUCCUCAAGGAUUGUGUGGUAUUUAAAAUUAUUUUAUUUUUCAUUUUGACAUUUUGGCAAUGAGAGAAUAAUAUAUCAGCAACAUGUA